AGCUUAACCUUUCGCCGCACAACACACUCCCGCACCCCGCAUCAAGCUCUAGAAAAAGGAAGAAGAAACAGACUCAGCCUCCCACCCCAACCAGCUCUCUCGGGCAAAUCUGCUACGACUCCGCCGUCCCCCAGCCCCGCCGCCCACGCAUCCGCCUCCUCCCUCCCUCCCCUAGCCCGACCCCGCCGGCCUCCUCGUCUCGCGAGCGCGGCCGGUUCUUCGCGGCGGAAGGGAAGGGAUCUACUCCGCCGCCGCGGCUGCUGCCGCGGUUCCGUUCGCGUCGCGAGCCGCCGGGAUCUGUACCUGGAUUUCAGCAAGGAGGAAACAUCUUAGGGAAUGCAGAAAGAUGUGUUUGCAUGCUAGAGAGCUACCUUGCGAGGGAAUCGGCAGGGUAGCCGCCCCUGUAUCUGCUUUGAUUGACCUUGAUGACACCGCUUCACAGCAGCACACAACACACCUCUUCUUCCAUUUGCUUCUGCACAAUGGGGUUCGACGUGGCAUCUCAACCAUCAUCUUAGAUUACCACCUCGGAGGGGACGGUUGAGGUCAUCUAGCACCCGCAGGCUCCCUUUGAAGGUUCGGGAUCGCUGCUGCUGUUCUGUGUGCGUAGCAUACAUCUGCCUGCCGUCAUGGGGGAGCAGAAGGGGAAUAUUCUGAUGGGGAAGUACGAGAUGGGGAAGAUGCUCGGGCAAGGGACCUUUGCCAAGGUCUACCAUGCCCGUAACAUCGAGACCUCGCAGAGUGUCGCCAUCAAGGUGACCGACAAGGAGAAGGUUCUGAAGGGCGGGCUCACGGAUCAGAUCAAGCGGGAGAUCUCUGUGAUGAAGCUGGUGAAGCACCCGAACAUUGUUCAGAUGUAUGAGGUCAUGGCGACCAAAACAAAGAUUUACUUUGUGUUGGAGCAUGUGAAGGGUGGAGAGCUGUUCAACAAGGUUCAGAGAGGAAGGCUCAAGGAAGAUGCUGCAAGGAAGUACUUCCAGCAGCUGAUCUGCGCAGUUGACUUUUGUCACAGCAGGGGCGUCUAUCACCGUGAUUUAAAGCCGGAGAACCUUCUUCUUGAUGAGAACAGCAACCUGAAGGUUUCAGAUUUCGGUCUCAGUACCAUUUCUGAAUGCAGAAGACUUGACGGGUUGCUCCACACAUCCUGCGGCACGCCUGCUUAUGUUGCUCCCGAAGUGAUCAAUAGGAAAGGCUAUGAUGGAGCCAAGGCUGACAUCUGGUCCUGUGGGGUGAUCCUCUUUGUGCUUUUGGCUGGGUAUCUCCCGUUCCAGGAUAAGAAUCUGAUGAAUAUGUAUAAGAAGAUUGGGAAAGCAGAAUUCAAAUGCCCCAGCUGGUUCUCUUCAGAUAUCCGAAGGCUUCUGCUAAGGAUUCUUGAUCCUAACCCCAGCACAAGGAUCUCGAUUGAGAGAAUCAUGGAACAUCCUUGGUUCAGGAAGGGUCUAGAUGCAAAGCUGCUCAGAUACAAUUUACAAGCAAAAGAUGCCGUUCCUGCUGCUGACAUGACUGUGACUUCUGAUCCCUUGAGCUGCAGCAACUCAGCAACAGAGGGCAAGGAACAAGGUGCAAAGAAGCUCUCCAACUUGAAUGCUUUUGAUAUAAUCUCCCUCUCAACUGGACUCGACCUCUCUGGUAUGUUUGAGGACAAUGACAAGAAGAGGGAGUCCAAGUUCACAUCCACCAACUCGGCUUCGACGAUCGUGUCAAAGAUCGAAGACAUUGCAAAGUGCAUGCGACUGAAGCUCGUCAAGAAAGAUGGUGGCAUGAUGAGGAUGGAAAGCUUCAAGCCUGGAAGGAAAGGUGUGAUGUCCAUUGAUGCAGAGAUAUUCGAGGUGACCCCUGACUUCCAUCUCGUGGAGUUAAAGAAGACAAACGGUGAUACUAUCGAGUACCAGAAGGUCUUGAACCAGGAGAUGAGGCCGGCGCUGAAGGACAUAGUCUGGGCUUGGCAAGGCGAGCAGCAGCCGCCCCCGCCGCAGCAAUCAUGUUAAGAAGAACUGUGCCAAGUGCAACAUUUUUACAAUCCGAGGCAAUUACCAGGCUUCCGUGUGUUUCUGUAAUUUUUAUUAUCGAAAGUUUGUUAUUCGUUUGCAUUCCCCUAGUGAUGUCUGUGUAAACUUCAGUUGUCAUCUUCCGAUGAAGAUUUAUUUAAAAGCAUGGUGUCUUCAGAACAGAUGCCAAGUCUUUGUUCAAAAAGUCUUUCCAAGGACAGUGCGUUUGUGUAUGGGAAAUAUUGUUCACAUCA